AAGCCACAUCAGAACAAUCGCCUCCGCUGGGGUCAAGAGUGGGGAGCUCACCCUUGCUCAAACCCGAGUCAGCGUCUAUGCCGGCGUUAAAAUCCCAGCCUCUUCUGCGACCAGGACAGGCGAAGACACCGCUUGGGGUUCCAGUGUCAGGAACUGGCCAGACCUCCAGUGCCCCAGUGGUUUUACUGCCUCUGGACAGCUUCAAGGGCUGGCUGCUUAAGUGGACCAACUAUCUGAAGGGCUACCAGCGCCGCUGGUUCGUGCUCGGCAACGGCCUGCUGUCCUACUACAGAAAUCAGGGUGAGAUGGCCCACACCUGCCGUGGAACCAUCAACCUAUCCACCGCGCACAUCGACACGGAGGACUCUUGUGGUAUCCUGCUGAUCAGUGGGGCCAGGAGCUACCACCUCAAGGCCAGCUCAGAGGUGGACCGGCAGCAAUGGAUCACCGCCCUGGAGUUGGCCAAGGCCAAGGCAGCCCGCACGAUCAGUACCCAAUCAGAUGACUCUGGGGACGACGACGACGACGAGCCCACCUCCCCAGCUGACAAGAGCGAGCUCCAGCACACCCUCAAGAACCUUUCCCUGAAGUUGGACGACCUGAGCACGUGCAAUGACCUCAUUGCCAAGCACGGUGCAGCACUCCAGCGCUCCCUGAACGAGCUGGAUGGCCUCAAGAUCCCGUCCGAGAGUGGGGAGAAGCUGAAGGUGGUGAACGAGCGGGCUACCCUCUUCCGCAUCACGUCGAAUGCUAUGAUCAAUGCCUGCAGGGACUUCCUGGAACUAGCAGAGCUCCACAGCCGGAAAUGGCAGCGGGCACUGCAGUAUGAGCAAGAGCAGCGUGUGCACCUGGAGGAGACCAUCGAGCAGCUGGCCAAGCAGCACAACAGCCUCGAGCGGGCCUUCCGCAGCGCCCCUGGCCGAGCCACCAACCCUCCCAAGAGCUUCAGCGAGGGCGAGGACAGUGAGGAAGAUGAAGAUACCGAGUACUUCGAUGCCAUGGAAGACUCCACAUCCUUCAUCACCGUGAUCACCGAGACCAAGGACGACAGGAAAGCGGAAGGUGGAAGUGGGACUGGCUCUGUGGACUGGACCGCGACCGACAAUGUGUUAGAUGGUGCCUCACUCGUGCCCAAGGGUUCAUCCAAAGUCAAGAGGCGCGUCCGCAUCCCCGACAAGCCCAACUACAGCCUUAACCUCUGGAGCAUCAUGAAGAACUGCAUCGGCCGGGAGCUCUCCAGGAUCCCUAUGCCGGUGAACUUUAAUGAGCCCCUGUCCAUGCUCCAGCGGCUGACGGAGGACCUGGAGUACCACCACCUGCUGGACAAGGCCGUGCACUGCACUAGCUCCGUGGAGCAGAUGUGCCUGGUGGCUGCCUUCUCCGUGUCCUCCUACUCCACCACUGUGCACCGCAUCGCCAAGCCCUUCAAUCCCAUGCUGGGGGAGACCUUCGAGCUGGACCGCAUGGAUGACAUGGGCCUGCGUUCCCUCUGCGAGCAGGUGAGCCACCACCCACCCUCAGCCGCGCACUACGUGUUCUCCAAGCAUGGCUGGAGCCUCUGGCAGGAGAUCACCAUCUCCAGCAAGUUCCGGGGGAAAUACAUCUCCAUCAUGCCGCUAGGUGCCAUCCACUUAGAAUUCCAGGCCAGCGGGAACCACUACGUGUGGAGGAAGAGCACCUCGACGGUGCACAACAUCAUCGUGGGCAAGCUCUGGAUCGACCAGUCAGGGGACAUUGAGAUCGUGAACCAUAAGACCAAUGACCGCUGCCAGCUGAAGUUCCUGCCCUAUAGCUACUUCUCCAAAGAGGCAGCCCGAAAGGUGACAGGAGUGGUGAGUGACGGCCAGGGCAAGGCCCACUACGUGCUGUCAGGCUCCUGGGAUGAGCAGAUGGAGUGCUCCAAGAUCGUGCAGAGCAGCCCCAGCAGCCCAAGCUCCGAUGGGAAGCAGAAGACGGUGUACCAGACCCUGCCGGCCAAGCUGCUAUGGAAGAAGUACCCGCUUCCGGAGAACGCGGAGAAGAUGUACUACUUCUCAGAGCUGGCCCUGACGCUCAAUGAGCAGGAGGAGGGCGUGGCGCCCACCGACAGCCGCCUGCGGCCAGACCAGCGGCUGAUGGAGAAGGGGCGCUGGGACGAAGCCAACACCGAGAAGCAACGGCUGGAGGAGAAGCAGCGCUUGUGCAGGCGGCUGGAGGCCUGUGCACCCGGCAGCGGCUGUGGCACAGAGGAAGAGAAGGAGGCAGAAGUGUACAUGCCACUGUGGUUUGAGAAGAGGCUGGACCCGCUGACCGGGGAGAUGGCCUGCAUAUACAAGGGCGGCUACUGGGAGGCCAAGGAGAGGCAAGACUGGCACAUGUGCCCCAACAUCUUCUGAGCGCCGCCCCUGCAGCAAAUACAGGCGCCUGCACAGCUGGGUCCACCUUCUCUUAAUGCACUGGAUUUAGCACCGAAUGGCCCUCUCCCUCCCCCGAUUUCCACCCAUUUCCUUUUCUUUAUUUCUUUAACACUUUUUUGGGGCUCUCACCUUGGAAGGAGGAAGGGCUGACCCGGGUUCUCUCCAGCCCCCAGGUGCGCCGGGUCACCUGUGCCCCUUCAUUAUGGACUUAGGCUCAUUGGGACCCCAGCUCCCUGUUACACACCUCAGGCCGGCUGGCCCGGGCCAAGGGCUGCCCAAGUCACCAGCCCCCGACCCAGGGAGGAACUGGCCCCUUGCAGGGAGCCUCUUUUGACUUUUUUAGAAAAAUCAAUUUCGUUUUCUCUCCAGCCAUGACGUUUAGUAAAUAUUUUUAGUACAGCACUUAGCAGAGAGCUUUCCAAGUGUGCUUUCUUGCCACAGAAGUGUCCUGGCAAGAACCCCUUUUUAAGACAUCAGGAAGCCAGACCCCUUUGAUUCGGGCACAUCUCGUAGCUCAUGACAGCAAGGCCCCACCUGGAUCUGAAUUGCCUGUCCUGCAGAAGCCCAGGCCCAACAGAGGUGGGAACAAAGGCGGUUGCCCUGGCUGGACAGAGCAUGAGGAGUCUCUGGGGCUACCACCCCCUGGCGGGGUGUAAGGGGUGGUGCUGAGGGUGUCCCCCAUGUGGAUCUGAGAGGGGCAGCUCCCUGCCUAGACUUUAACACUCCAGCUCUCCAGCCCCAGAGAGGCCAGGAAGGGCAGGAAGGCAGGGCCUAUAGGGACUCCCUGCCCCGAGAGCCAGACCCCAAAUCAGCAAUAAUGAACCAACCCUCAGCUCAACCUAGGCUGGUGACCUGGGCACCAGACACCCAGCAUCCCGCCUCGUCCUCAGGAGGCCCUGGGGGUGCCCCAUCUCAGUGCCCCCUGAACUGUUUAUUUGCCUAAUUUAUAUACAUGAUAUAUAAAUAUAUAUAAAAUAGCUAUUUUGCUUAAAGUUCUAUGGUAUAUGAAAGUUAAAAAAAAAAUGAUGACGACAGGGUGCACCUGUCUGAGUUUAGCCCUCCUGUCAGCUGUGCCCUGUCUUCUCCUACCCCCUCCCAAUGGCUUUUGUCAACCGUGGGGAGACUGGACCACCAUUGCCACUGUCCCACUACUCAGAACCCUCCACUCCAGCCCUACCCACUUCAGUUUGGUCCUGAAAGCUCAUCUUAGGGUUUUUCUUUCUACUCCAAGAAUGGUUUUGUUUAUAU